GCACGACACCGUGAACAUUACAGUGGACUCCGAUUUUUUUGUAACAGUCGAAUCUUAAUGAAUGGUUAAUAAUAUUGUGCACAAUGAGUGAGGGAUCAUCAGAAGGCGGGGCGGCAAAGUCCCGGAAGAAACAUGGCAUGCUGAAGAUGUACUACGGUCUGGACGACCAACAGGAGAAGCCGUCCAACAUGAACCCUACGGACAUCAACGGUGCUUACUUUAACCCAGAGGUCUAUCUUACAAUGAUCAUGAAGGAAAAGAGACUCAACGAUCUCAUCGAUAAAGAAGCCGAGAUGGUGAAACAAAUCCGCUCAUUAGACAGUGAUAUGCAGACCUUAGUCUAUGAGAACUACAAUAAAUUCAUCAGCGCCACAGACACUAUACGAAAGAUGAAAACUGAUUUUAAGAAAAUGGAGGAAGAGAUGGAUCGCUUAGCAACCAACAUGGAUACCAUUGCUGACUUCAGUGAGAAGAUCAGCUCGACAUUGCAGGAAAGAAGAGCUCAGAUCACCAAGUUGAGUGGUGUUCAUUCACUCCUCAAAAAGUUGCAGUUCUUAUUUGAGCUUCCUGCCAGACUCAAUAAAUGCAUCUCGAUGAAAGCUUACAGUCAAGCUGUCAGAUACUACUCUAAAGCACGUGUUGUCCUGCUUCAGUAUCAGCACAUGCCUUCAUUCCACGGUAUCCAUAGAGACUGCAAUGAAAUCGUCAAUGAACUCAGGCUCAAGUUAAGAGAACAGUUCGGGAACAAAGAGUCUGAUGCUAAACAGCUAGCUGAAUGUGUAGAUCUGUUGCUGCAACUCAAAGAACCACCCGAUGAGCUCUGUGAUGAGUUUCUUUCUCAUGCCCGACACAAGUUGGACGAGAGUCUGAGAGAGAUGUCUAGUCAUGUUGCGACCGGUAGACAGCGGACCGCAUCCAGCCCUGAGGAAGAUGAGGAUGGUGGUGACGUUCAGGAGGGGGGGAGACCCUCUGAUAAGAUCAUGAGGUCACUUCCUAUGGAUAUCUUGGAGUUUGUUGACAGCAGCUGUAAUGGUUUUCUUGAGAACAUCUGUUUAGUAAUAGCCUCUUACAAGGAGCUCUUUGUGAACAGGCAAGCUGGAGAUUCGCAGGAAGAGGAGGAGUUGGAGCAGGUCGCUCAUGCCAAGCUUGGUCAGUUUGUGGAUUCCAGGAUGCAACAGUACUUUACAUGUAUUCAGGAUAGAAUACAAGCUGAGAAAUCUUCUGUGGAGAAUUCGCUGCUGGUGAGAGCGUUAGAUCGAUUCUUCAAGCGGCUUCAAGCGGUCCAUCGUCUCUUACCGGACCUCAAGAUUCUCCAGCGGGGAGCUGAUAUCGUAGCAGCAGCUGCCAAGGAGAGGGCCCAGUACUACGGGGAUGGUCUUAAGAAGCACUUUGCAGAGUGUAUAACCGACAUCCGUCAGACGCUGUGUGCCCCGAGAGUGGUGGGCAAGCAGUCCGCACCCAACCUAGCUGAACUAGUUAAUGUAACAUCGUCAUCCGUCAUCGAUCAAGUCAAACUCGUGCUUACUAGUCUCAAGUCAUUCCUCGGCCAAGAUAUCACGUUUGCUCAGUCUUUGUUCUUUGCUACCAAGUAUCCCACCAAGACAGUGAGAGAAGGGCUCCUAGUCGACUUCCUCAGGCACAUCUUCCAGACCUGUACAAAUCUUUGUGAAGGAGGAGGAGAGAAAGGAUCAGCACCUCAUACACUCAUCUUGAUCUUAUCAAGACUCCUAGUCGACUUUGAAACAACUCAUAUCAUACAACUGCUUGGUACUUGCAAUGCUCAGUUCUUGAUCGAAGAUAGUCGAGGCCUGACCCAGACAUCGACCCUCUGCUCGGAAGCCAAAGAUUCUGCCCAGCUGCUUCUCAACCACUACGUGCAGUCACAGGGCCUGCAGAUAUCCCAAAUGUUGAGGAAGAGUGUGGACACGAGAGACUGGCUGAACACGAUUGAACCCCGCAACGUGAGGGCGGUGAUGAAGCGUGUCGUCGAGGACAUCACGGCCAUCGAUAGCAAUGUGGGAUCGCUGUACGAGGAGGGGACUCGUAAAGCGCACAGCAGCGAUUCCAGCAAGAGGACGUACCAGAGUUUUAGUGUAUCCAGGCAGCCACGGACGCAGAGGAGUUACACUCCAAGCACGACAUUUGAUACCAGUCUGAUGAGCAACAUCCAGAAGCUCUUCUCUGAGAGGAUAGAAAUCUUCAGCAGUGUGGAAUUCUCUAAGGUCUCCGUCGUUACUGGCAUCAUCAAGAUUAGCUUGAAGACAUUCCUUGAGUGUGUCAGACUGAGGACAUUUGGAAGAUAUGGCCUCCAACAGAUUCAGGUGGACACCCACUAUCUCAACCUCUAUUUAUGGAGAUUUGUAUCAGAUGAGAAAUUGGUACACUUUUUGUUGGAUGAGAUCGUAGGCAGUGCUGUUCACAGAUGUCUAGAUGCAACUCUUAUGGAAUCGAGUAUCGUGGAAGUGAUAUGCGAACGAGGAUGAAAUCGUCAAUGCGUGCAAUCAAGACUGGUCAUUUAUAUAGUCUAUCAGGAUAUCAUUUUGGGACAGACAGCUAUAUGUUCGUAUUCAAAUAAUGUUUCAAUAUAUGAUAAUUGUUUCGUAUUUCUUUGGCCAACUGUAUGGUAGCAAGAUGUAAUAUAGAAUUUGAUAUAUUUAUCUUUUUUAUCGUCAUGGUGAUCCUGAGUUACAAAAUUUUUCAAGAUGUCCGAUGACAA